AUGAUGAUCGGACCUGUCCUGCUGGCCGCCGCCAGCCUCGGCAGCAUGGCCGUAGCAUACGACACAACCUUUGGCUUCAAUGGUGCCCCCAUCAUUGAGAACCGCACUCUCGACGAAAUCCACCAGGCCGCCCUCGCCGAGGGCGGCAUCGUGACAGCCUGGCACGGAGGCGACGAGACUUACCAGCAAGACGGCCUCAAGAAGGCCUUCGAGACGAGGUUCCCCGGCAUGACGCUCAACAUCACCGUCGACGUCUCCAAGUACCACGACGGCAAUAUUGACCGCCAGCUCGCCGUCGGCGGGCUGUACGUCGACACGGCCAUCCUGCAGACCCUCCACGACUACCCCAGCUGGGACCUCGAGGGUGCCCUGCUGCACUACCAGCCCGUCAACUUCCGAAAGGUACACCCGGCCUUCCGGGACGUCCGCGGUGCUUGGCACGGGGUGUCCAUCUUUGCGUGGACGUUCAUCUGGAACACUGAGAGGGAAGUGGACGGCCCCAGAGAGUUUGCCGAUUUCCUCGAUCCCAGGUUCAAGGAUAAGCUCGUCCUCACGUACCCCAACGACGACGACGCGGUCCUAUACGCUUUUGACUUGAUCAUGCAAGAAUUCGGAUACGAAUGGUUCGAGAAGCUCCUGGCCCAGAAUCCCCGCUGGGUCCGCGGCACCGGCACGCCCGUCACCCUCCUCACGUCGCCAAACACCACCCUCUCGGCCACCUUCACCGCCGGCGUCGGCCUGGUUCCCUCGGCGCCCCUCAACGUGACCAUCCCGACCGAGGGCAGCUUCGUGACGUGGGCGCAGAGGGCGGCCAUCUUCAAGGACGCGCCGCACCCAGAGGGCGCGAAGCUCCUUCACAACUUUAUGCUGAGUGACGAGUACCAGUCGACGACGGGCUCGUGGAGCGUGCGCAAGGACGUUGCUGCGCCGGCUGGGUAUCCCGAUCUCAUGGACGUCCCGUCAACGAACCCGGUCGAGUUUGAGCGCUUCAUGGGGAACCGGGUGCGUGUUGAGCAGCUCAAGUUGUUUUUUGAGGAUAAGAUUGGGACGGCGCAGGGGCUGAGUCCUCUUAUUGAUGACUUGUGA